CAAUGUAAGCACUAUAGUUUAACUUUUACUUAAAAGGGAACCUUCCCCUGGUGAAAAGCCAAAAGUGUAAUCUGUCCUGGAAGCACUGACGCCAUCCAGCCUAGUCUGAGCACAAAUAGUUAUCUGUGCUGAAAUUUUCAGCAUGUCGGUUUUCCGCUCAGGCCUUCUGGUUCUCACAUCACCACUGUCAAAACUUUCCCUGCGCCUUGUUCCUAUUCUCACAUCAGCUGCCCGGCUGGUACAAGACACCCUCUAUGUUCAUCUGCAGCCAGGGCUCAGCCUGACAGGUUCCACGCAACCCCGCUCCACAUAUGUCCCGGCUACAUCUGAGGUCUACAGCCUGAUCACCAAGUUGUAUGCUGAUGCUGGUAUCCACCACCACCUUGACGUCCGAGUGUUGCUCACCAACAUCCUCAACCAGGGUGCUUCUCCUCCUGCACUUGGGUCUGUGCAGAAUCUUUCCCAGCCACCUGAAGUGGUGCUCACUGACUUUGAAACCAGAGAUGGUGGGCAGUCCAACCCCGUCAAGCAGCGCCUGGAACGGUAUGCGACUAGCUGCUACAGCUGUCGACCCAAUCUCAUCUCUGUUUUGCUAUAUCCAGAGUAUGAACUAGAACCUAAUGAUGGGGAGCUGUCCCCACAGCAGGAGGCCAGUGUGACAGAGGAGCCUUUGCAGAGCUACAGUGAUGUUGUCGUGGGAGGCACUUUCGAUAGACUUCACUGUGGUCACAAGAUCCUUCUGAGUGUGAGCUGUAUGCUGGCGGAAAACCGGCUUCUCGUGGGUGUCUCCGACAAAGAUCUCCUGAAAAAUAAGACGCUGAUGGAGCUGAUCCUUCCCUUUGAACAGCGUGUAGCUCAGCUUAAUGAAUUCCUGGUGGACAUCAAGCCCUCCUUGCGGUAUGAAAUCGUCCCUAUUUUUGACUACUUCGGCCCAUCCAUUACAGACUCUGAACUGAAGUGUAUCGUGGUCAGCGAAGAAACUCUCAAGGGUGGUCUGGCAGUCAACAGGAAGAGGGUAGAAAAUAAUCUGCCUGAGCUGGCUCUUCACACAAUCAAGUUGGCCAUUGACCCACAGCAUGCCGGGUAUGAGGAAGAGAAGAUCAGUUCCUCUAGCUUGCGGUGCAGGUUGCUUGGGACACUGCUGCGCUCCCCGAGGAAAGAACCAUCUCUUCCACUCUACCCGUACAUUAUCGGCCUGACAGGUGGAUCUGGUAGUGGCAAGAGUUCAGUUGCACAACAUUUGGUUCGUCUUGGUGCUUUCCAUUUGGAUCUGGACCGUCUAGGACACAAUAUCUACAUGCCAGGAGGUCCUGUUUAUGAGCAAGUGGUAGAAACAUUUGGAACAGAUAUUUUGAAAGAAGAUGGAACCAUCAACAGGCAGGUCUUGGGGGCCAAAGUAUUUGGAGAUCAGGAGCAGCUGAAGAAGCUCAACAAUAUAAUGUGGCCAGUGAUGGCUCGAAUGGCGAAAGAAAAAAUUGAUGAGGCAGCAGCGCAGGGAAAAGCUGUGUGUGUCUUAGAUGGAGCCAUGUUGCUGGAGGCAGGCUGGUCAGAAAUGGUUCAUGAAGUCUGGUCAAUUAUCAUCCCUGAGGAUGAGGCCAUUAGACGCAUCGUUGCCAGAGAUGGCCUAAGUGAGGAAGCUGCCCAGUUGCGGCUGCAAAACCAAAUGUCCAACAGCCAGCGUGUGAAACAGUCACAUGUGGUCCUUUGCACAAUGUGGGAGCCAGAGGUUACCUAUAAGAUGACAGAAAAGGCAUGGGCCCUGCUUCAGAAACGCCUCAAGGACAAGUAGAACCUUGUACUGAGAUGGGAAUCACUUCUUCAUUCUGCUCCCUCAGUGCUACCUGUCUGGAAGACUGUAUGCUGAGUAGGCCCCACGCUGCAGGGGACCACAGACAGGGGUGGAGAUGUGGGACAGAUAGAUCAAAAUGUUUCCUGGUGGUGGUACGGAGAGAACAAAGAUAAAAUUCCCUCUGCUUUUUUCUCUGUUACAAAAGCCUGAGGGAGAUGCGUGAACAAAGUGGAAAGCAGGGGUGCUGGCCAAGCAGAAAGGAGCAGCUACUAGCACCUGAAGCCAGUGAUGGUUGUAUGAUUCUGAUGGAGACCAACAUUUCAGCACUGCUGGUUACAAGAAAGGACCUGGAAAGGAUUAGAGGGGUGGGGAAGUUGCUCUUUAGCUUUUGUCCCCACUACUCUGUACUGCGUGUCCUGUGCCACACUAAGCUACACAUAAAGACAAAAAUCUCUUGAUGGCUCCA